UGGAGCCAAAUGAAAGUUCCCUGUUGCUUCCUCUGUUUUUAAGUAACCUAUUGCGUAAAACAAGUCUCAGCGGAGAUUAUCCGCGUUAGUUGAAAGCAGUUCCACAAGUGUAAACGUUUCAACUGAUUUCCCGCAGCCGAGCUUGAAAGGACCUUUUUUUUAAAAUCGAGAAAAGAGAUGAUAGGUUCGUUCCUCCAAUCCCUGCAAGAUCCUCGCCUCGUGGCCAGUUUCCAGAGGCGCUGUGGUUUAUUUCUUCAGGUUGAAGACGGAGCCUCAGUCAGCUCUAGCAGCUCCUGUGGCAACCGGGCUGCGAGCCAGGGGCUCGUGGAGAAUGAACGAGUCACCCGGACAAGUGCUUGCACUAAUGGAUACGGGAGGGACAGGGCUGGAGAGUCACUACAGCACCUCCAGGGACGCGAGGGGAAGGAACGUCCUGAAGUAAAUGGAUCCGUACUAAAGGAAAAGCCAGCAUAUGUCGUGAAGAACUUUAUCUUUUACUAUUUGUUCCGAUUUGCUGCUGCACUGGGCCAGGAGAUCUUUUACAUCACAUUCCUCCCAUUCACAUACUGGAAUUUUGACCCAUAUGUUACCAGGAGACUGGUUGGUAUGUGGGCAAUCGUUAUGUAUUUGGGACAGGCCUCCAAAGAUAUCAUCAAAUGGCCACGUCCAUCAUCCCCACCCGUUAUAAAGUUGGAAACCAGAGUUGAUGCAGAGUAUGGUAUGCCAUCAACCCAUGCUAUGGCAGCCACUGCUAUUUCCUUUACAUUCCUAAUUGCUACCAUGUACAGAUACAAGUAUUCAUUUGUAUUAGGACUAAUGGCUUCUACAGCACUCUCGACCCUGGUCUCACUGAGCAGGCUCUACACAGGAAUGCACACUGUGCUGGAUGUGAUCUGUGGAAUCCUUCUUACUGCAGUACUUAUGGGCCUGACAUACCCUUUCUGGAACAUUCUCGAUAAUCUACAGUUAACCAGUCCCCUAACUCCAGUCAUUGCAGUAGUUAUGCCCUUUCUCAUGAGUUAUAACUAUCCAGAAUUAGAUCAUUACAGCCCAACCAGGGGAGACACCACCAUAAUCCUAGCUGUGGCAUCAGGGUGCACCAUUGGCUUUUGGAUGAACUACCAAUAUGGUCAAACAUAUGAGCCCACAGGAUCUCUCCCAUUUGAAAUACCUUCUAUAACACUCGAGGUUGCGUUGAUAUCCAGUGCACGCUUUCUCAUUGGAAUUGUUGUUCUCGUUGCCACUCGCUUAAUUGUCAAAACUCUUUCCCUCAAAGUACUAUAUGCUUGGUUUGAUGUUACGGAAUAUAAUCUGGAAGCCAGGAAGAGACUAGAGAUUGAAGUGCCCUAUAAAUUUGCAACAUAUUCAUCCAUUGGUUUCAUUGCAACAGUAAUCGUACCAUUGCUGUAUCAAUUACUCAAACUAUUGUGAUGAUAAAUGGCAUUGAACGACUUCUCUACAAAUUUUGAGUAUGAGACGCAUUCCAUGUGUUGAUGAAGACCCACUGUAAAGGAAUCUCCUGUAGAUGCUAUAAGGACUCAACCUUUUAAAUAUUUUUAAGGAUGCAAAUCCUUUUUAAAAAUUUAGUUGCAACAAGUUUCCAGACAGCCUAGUCCAGAAUACGUGUGUAAUAUGAUGUACUAGUCCACAAGAGACCAGCAAUUCCACCACCGCUUGCUUUUCUUUUCCUCUCUACGGAUGCGUUUGAGAUGAGGGGCUAUAAAUAUGAACCCACAUUCUAUCAUUCCUUACUGUCAUGUGCUGCUGCUGUAACGUGCCUCAAAUAUAGCUUUUCAUUGGAGAUUUUAAAAAAAACUUUGAAAGUACUUCAUGUCAAUUUGUAAUUGGAAAUCAGUGCAAUUUACAGCAGUAGCAGCAUUUCAAAUACUUCAUUGGGUGGAACAAUGCCUAGGGAAGUACUUAUGUUUUGAAAGGUGCAAAUGUUUCUUUUGAGGCCUACUAAUCACAUGUUUAAAAAAAAGUUGUUAAAUUUUCCUAUAUAAAUAUGUAGGUUCUUUCAAUCAGAUCAUUGAUCCAAAUUUGACAAGUUUGUUUCCAUUAGAAUGUAAAAUGUUUGUUUAUCUGAUUAUGCAGCAUUGCUAAUGAAGUUCUUUCGGAAUACAAACUUUUCCGUAACAUGAAUGCAGUUGGAGUAAGACAGUCUUUUCCAAUAAUGAAAUCUUACUAAAUUACAUUCCACAAAUGAUUCACUUUAGAUUGAAUACUGUAUUUUGACUGGAUAAUUGCUACAAAAACAACUGCGUACAUUUAUAUAGCACCUUCAACUGAAAAAUAUCCAAUGCUGUUUUAUCAUUAUCACAGAUUUUUAAAAAAGACAUUAUUGAAAAGAGAAUGGAGAGUUGGGCAUUUAGUCACGAUUUUAUGUGUAAUCAGGUGUAACUAUGCAAAGUUGAAGUAACUAAAUUAUUAAUACUUUACGUUAGUAAAGACACUCAAAAUAAGUCUCUCAAAUAGAUGUCUCCAUUUAUAAUGGAAAUAUUGUAAAAAUAAUUUACUAGUGUUGGCCUCAAAGAAUCUUAAAAUGUGUUGUACUGAAGGCAUGAGGUUAUUCCAAAACUUCAGUGUAAUACCACCUUGAUUAUUUUCAAAAGCAUUUUUGCUCUAUACUGUGGCGGUGGGGGGGGGGGGUGAAUUAGAUUUCACUUAAUUUGCGUACAAUUUUUGAAUUGUAUUUGGAUAAUGAUAAAAUUUGUACCUUCCAAUAUAUUAAUGGAAUAUGUUGAAGAUGAUUCAUCUAUAUGUAGAAAAAAUAUUGCACAUUAAAAAGUAUUUCUUGUUUAUAAUUUAAAUUGCAUAGAACUCCCAUGCAGUUCACUGCAAGACUGAAUCUGAUUGUACCUUUUCAUAAGAUAAUUGUAUUGACAUUGUGUUAUAUUGUUAAGUCCUCCUCAUUACAUUGAUCCAGCGGAAGUGGUUAAUGUUUCCAGAAAAAUUGAAUAAAUUAAGAAAAUAAAAUGUGUGAAGAUUAAAGUCACAAUUCUGC